AAUGACAACGCAUAUAUGCGAAUUAUCUCGAUACUCGUAUAUUAUACGAAACUAAAUAAUAUUUUCGACAUUACAGUUUUUAGACAAGAACAACAAUGUCGUUCUCAGGCAAGAAAUUCAGAAGAGUGCGAUCGGAAAAUAUUGAAGAAAUUGUUAAUGCUACCAGUACAGAUGAAAGAGUAAUACAUAUGUUGACGAGCAACGCGCCGAUCUUCUCCUUCACCCGUAUCGACGAGGACCGCUUCAACUUCACACUGCACAUGCCCAACAGAACCAUGACACACGACUUCAAGCUGGGGGAGGAACAUGAGAUGGAGAGGCGAGAUGGCUCCAAGGUUAGAGUAACAUACACGUUAGAAGGUGACAACGUUUUAAAACAAGUCAUCAUACCUAAAGAUGGAAGAGUCGCAUAUUUCAGGCGAGAUUUUGGAGAAAAAGAAGCUAAAAUGACAAUCACAAUGGAAGGCACAGAUAUAAAAGCGACAGUGUACUACGAACAGAUUGAAUAGCGUUUACUACAGCAUCAUGUGUCAUAUAAAUUAACUUAUAAACAUAUUACUAUUUAAUAAGGAGUCUGGAAUUGUGCCCAGUAUAUGGCAAUAAGCUCACCCCCUAUUACAUGGGACUUGUAACACAUUGUAUAGCGGCAUUACGUGCCGUAAUGUGCACCUCUGCCUACCCCUACGGGGAUAAAAGGCGAGACGUUAUAUAUAAGGACAUUGGGUUAACAAAAAGUAUUAGAAAAAGUAUGGAUAACUCGAAAAUAUAAUUUUAAUUUGAUACUCCUUAUUAAAUAGUAAUAUAGCAUUAAAUGCGUAUUCUUAAUAUUUAAGGUCCUAAAUUAAAUAAAUAUAAUUUGCAUUACA